UGGGGCCACGGGUGUGACCUCGAGCUCAGAGUUGGGGGUUAGCAGCUGCACCUGUGCCCGCUGACAUGCUCCAUCCUUGACCAGAGUUGAUCAGUUUAAAGGCGACGCAGUCAGAACACCCACACUUGACGCUUGCCUUUGAAAAACUGCAGCGCCUCCAAAGAGACCUAGGAGCGUUCCGAAGUGCAAGCUUUUUUAAAAAAUGACAUUUAUUUUGAAGGAGGGUUGCUAUCACGGCGUGCUUGUGGCGGUCAUAGGACCACUUGCGGGGCUCAGUUCCACCGUGACUCUUCCUGUUCUUGUGCCAUUUGGCUGAAGUAGGACGGAGUCAGGGUUUGAGGACUGACAGGUUGUACUGGAGGAAGCUUCAGAAACCAGCUGUCCCUAGCCCUAUGUCUUUCAUAUAAACAGAGUUUUGAGGAGGGGAUGAUUCUGAUCCAGGGCCAUACACUGGGUCAGGAGUGCAACCUUGGGCAGGACCUAAGACUCAUGCUUCACAGGGCAGGUUCUGCAGAUUCUAAACCUGGGCUUUCUAGCUCCCAGAAAGCCACCAGAUGCCACAUGGAACCGGGGGCCCCAUGCCCAGCUGCCAUACCCUCAAUGGAGAGAAAGUUCCAUGUUCUUGUGGGGGUCACUGGAAGCGUUGCUGCCCUGAAGCUGCCUCUCCUGGUGUCAAAGCUUUUGGACAUUCCUGGGCUGGAAGUCACAGUGGUAACCACUGAGAGAGCCAAACAUUUCUAUAGCCCCCAGGAUGUUCCUGUCACCCUCUACAGUGAUGCUGACGAAUGGGAGAUGUGGAAGCGCCGCUCUGACCCAGUUCUCCACAUUGACCUGCGAAGGUGGGCUGACCUCAUGCUGGUGGCUCCCCUUGAUGCCAACACUCUGGGGAAGGUGGCCAGUGGCAUCUGUGACAACUUACUUACCUGUGUCAUCCGGGCCUGGGACCUCAGCAAGCCUCUACUCUUCUGCCCCGCCAUGAACACCGCCAUGUGGGAGCACCCUCUCACCGCACAGCAGGUGGGCCAGCUCAAGGCCUUCGGCUAUGUGGAGAUUCCCUGUGUGAGCAAGAAGCUGGUGUGUGGAGACCAAGGUCUAGGAGCCAUGGCCGAGGUGGAGACCAUUGUGGGGAAAGUGAAAGAAGUACUCUUCCAGAGCGGGGGCAUCCAGCGGAGUUGAACUGGGGUUUCUGUCCUGGUGUCUGUGCACCCAGUGAAUUCAGCCUGAGCUGCUGAAGAGGGAAAUCACCACAGCACGAAGAGCCUGUGUUCGUGAGGAGGGGCUGGCAUGCACCUUCUCAGAGCUCCCUGGGGACCGACCUUCUCCAAGUUAAACAGAACUACAGACCCAGGGCCUACCUUCUUCCAACCAGGAUUUGCCUGCUUUCCUGGGGCCCUCCCGUGUCUUCCUGGGAUAGGCCCUGAAAGCUGAAGCUGGGCAAUCAUGUUACUACUGGAAGAAUAAUCAGAUGAUUGAGAACCUCCUGCUUAGAAAUGCUUUCCGGAACACGAUGGCUGACGCUGGGCAUGGUGGCUCAUGUCUAUAAUCUUAACACUCAGAAGGCUGAGGCAGGAUUGCCACAGCUUUGAAAUUGGCUUGGGCUACAGAAUGAGCCAGGCCCGUGAGUGUGACAGCCUAUUUCAAAACAAAAAUAACAAGAAGAAACACCAUAGCUCAAGAUCCCUGGCACAGCAGGCUCCUGAUCGGGCCUUGGAAGCUUCCAUUCUUUGGUGCUCCGGUGUCACACAGAAUCAGGAAGUCUGUGAGGUGGCAAGACUCUUCACAUUUCUCACAGACUGUACUGGGAGUCGGGGCAGGGACGGUUCUGGGAAAUAAAAGUGACCUUAGGAGA